AUGUAUCGCCCAAAGCUGCAGAACGGAGUAAAUCUCAGCCAGGUCAACCUGCUGCUCCUCCUGAUCCCCUUGAUUCGCUCCACUUAUGGAAUCCUCCUGUAUCCUGCUUCAACGGUGCUCCAGAUUACCUCGUCCAUCUCCAUACCCGCCGAUCUGAACACCCGCACCAAGGUCUUCAUGGACAUGGGCUUCCAGAUGAACUAUAACCUGCCUGCGACGGUUUCCGCCUUCUACAAUUCCACCAUCUGGGCGGAUGAGCUGGCCCGCAGGCACAAGCGCCAGUUGGACAGCAGCCUGGAAGAGAGUCUAACGCAAAGGAAUCUUGAGGAUUCUAUGCUUCCGAGUGACUUCACGGCUGGGCAACUGUACAGGGGUCUGGAGCGCAUGCUGGAGACCUACGGCUUCCAUAGAUCCUGUCUGCUGCGCAGUGUCUGCGAGCUGGCCCUGCAUCCCUUCGCCGAAGACCAUUUCUACGGAAUGGUAACCCAGGUCAUCACCUUCCUGCUCACACCCUCCCAGCACGAAGGCUUCGCGGAGGACGAGCAGCUUUAUCGAGAUAAGUACGAGAGAGCGGAGCAGAUUGGCUUCCUUGGGGGUCAGUGCCACCUAUCAUAUCCCAGCUGUGAAACAGAUAUAGUAAACCUAGCCACCCGACUGGUCAGAUGA